GCCCAAGCCUUCCCUGAGUUCCCUCACCCCCGCGGCCCCUACGUUUACUCGUGUGCACGAACAUAAACCCAAGAGAUCUUCGUUCGCCCAUCUCUCCGGUACUUCAACCCAUCACCACACCUCCACCGUCUUUGACCGUAACCGGACCAUCUCCCUUCAGCAAACGUUCCCUGCGAGCUCGGCGGAUUCGCAAGUUCCCACCCCCUCUAAGGUGAAAACACUACUAAAGAAAAUGGCUGAGGGAGAUGAGGACCUGCCGAGGGAUGCUAAGAUUGUGAAGUCACUGCUCAAAUCAAUGGGUGUUGAGGACUAUGAACCUCGUGUUGUACACCAAUUUUUGGAACUCUGGUAUCGAUAUGUAGUUGAUAUAUUGACAGAUGCACAGGUAUACUCGGAGCAUGCUGGUAAGCCUGCGAUAGACUGUGAUGAUAUCAAGCUUGCUAUUCAGUCAAAAGUGAAUUUUAGCUUUUCUCAACCACCACCACGAGAGGUCCUACUAGAACUGGCUCGGAACCGGAACAAAAUACCAUUGCCAAGGUCAAUAGCUGGGCCUGGUAUUCCUCUCCCACCGGAACAGGACACAUUGAUCAGCCCCAACUACCAACUUGCAAUCCCGAAGAAGCAAUCUUCCCCAGCAGUUGUAGAAACAGAGGAGGACGAGGAGGGUGUUGAUCCCAAUCCCUCGCAAGAACAGAGGACAGAGGUGCCACAGCAUACUCCUCAAAGAGUGUCCUUUCCCCUCACAAAACGUCCCAAGUGAAAACUUCACCAACCGUGUAGUAAUCCAUUUUAUCUGAAGAAAUGGGGAAAAAAUGAUCUAUCCACUCCAAUGCUGAUUUGUUUUGUAAUGACUUCUCGAUUAGGCAGAGACCUGCAAAGCGCAACAUUGCAGGAGUUGGGGGAGAUUCAAAUUGCAGAUAUUGAUAGCUGUACCGAAAUUAAAAUGAAAGGGGUAAAAAGAUCAUCAUGAAUGGGGAAAUAUUUCAUGUUUCA